CCUCACCCCAGGGGUUCCUUGCUGGGUCUUUCUCUCUCCCCUUAUCUCCUGCUACCAGGACCUUGCUCCCCAACACUCAGUGUGUUCAGUUCUGUCAAACACACCCUUUAAGAAGCCCUUGGUUUAUUUAUUUUUUCUAUUGCACCUUCCAGAAAGGCACAGUUGGUCAUUUUUCCAGAAAGUCCUAGGAUUCUACAGAAGCUGGGGAGCUCAGCCACUGCUCUCUCCUAUCACAUCUGGAAGACUUGUUCUACACCUUCCUGGAACUUGUGGAGAAGUCAAGCGAUCCCCUCAAGGCCACAGAAUCUCCCUGGGAAGCCCUACAGCCCUACUACUUGGAAAGGCCUCUCUGUCUCCAGCAGCCAUGGCAAACACACAAGGUCGAGACAUCUUUCCACCCAGCUGCUCCAUCAUCUUCCUCCUCCUGCAGCUUCUGUCCUGCAGCCUCUCUGCAAACGGGAAAGCCGAUUUCUCUGUCUCUGGUCCCGGCCAACCGGUCCUGGCUAUGGUGGGGGAAAGUGUGAAGCUGCGAUGCCAUCUGUCCCUCAAUAUCAGUGUGAAGGACAUGGAGGUGAGGUGGUACAGGGAGGAGCUGUCCCCAGCUGUGCACCUGCACAAGAAAGGCAAAGAUGUGCCUGAAGAGCAGAUGUGGCAGUACGAGGGCAGGACGACCUUCCUGAUGUCCGGGCUGGCCCAAGACCAAGCUGUUCUGACCAUACACAAUGUCAUGGUGUUCGAUAACGGGACCUUCCACUGCAAGUUCAAAGAUGGCAUGGCGUCUGCGGAGACCACCCUGUGGCUAAGGGUGGCAGGGCUGGGCUCUGAGCCCAGAAUCCAAGUGCGAGCUGGCCGGGAUGAAGGUAUCAGGGCAGAGUGCACCUCGGAGGGCUGGUACCCAGAGCCCCAGGUGGAGUGGAGAGACUUCAGGGGACAGACCCUACCUUCCACGACCAACCUCACAGUGUCGCCAACAACGGGCCUCUUUGCGGUGGUGUCCAAUGUGACUGUCUGGGACAGGGACGUGGGGAACCUCUCUUGCUCUAUCUCCAACCCCCUCCUCCAGAAGAGGAUGGAGGCCAAGAUCUGCCUACCUGACCCUCUUUUAGCUCAGUUGUCCAGAAGUUUCCCAUCAAUGGCGUGGAGGGCAGUGGUGCCUGUGAUCCUCAUUGUGGUGGGACUUGUAGCAACUGGAGCCACCUGUCUGUUCUGGAAACGUCAGAGGGACAGGGAUAGGGUACAGCUGGAAGAAGAGAAACUGUACAGAGAAGAGGAGCAGCUGUCCCAAGGGUCCCUGCGAGACCUCAUUACAUCCUGUUUUGACUUAGCUUCACAGAACAUGAGCUUUCGCCCCAUCUGGUCAGUGCAACCCUACAGUUUCACAUCUUUCUGUUUCAUUUCAGGCUGGCCAGAGGACAUCAUCUAUGUGAGCCCAUCCCUGGACCCUGACACUGCAAGCCCCAAGCUCACUCUCUCUGAGGACAGGAAGACUGUGAGGCGGCUGUUCUUUGAACAAGAGCUGCCCAAUGCCCCCAGCAGAUUUGACCGGGACCCCUGUGUGCUGGGCCUGGAGCAGUUCUCAGCUGGAAGGUAUUACUGGGAGGUCCAGGUGGGGCACAGGAAGGCCUGGAACCUGGGCGUGUGUCUGGAGAGCUUGGAUCGGAAGGGAAGGAUCCCCAAGUCCCCUCAGCAUGGACUCUGGGCCCUGGAGCUGUACAAGAAGGGGUUCUGGGCACUUGCCUUCCCAAGAGUUCGCCUGCACCCUUCGGAGCCCCUGCAUCGUGUGGGCGUUUUCCUGGACUGUGAUGCAGGCAGAAUCUCCUUCUACAGCGUGAGCAAUGGAUCCCUCAUCUACGCGUUCUCUGGACUGUCCUUCUCGGCACCCCUGAGACCAUUCUUCUGCCUCUGGACACAUGACCCCAGCCCCCUGACCAUCUGCUCAGAACGGCAGCCCCCAGAGGCCUUGGGGCCUCCUCAGGGUGAGGGACAGGACAGGUGGGAACCCUCCUCCAGCAAGACCCAUGAUCUCUCUGCUCCAGCCUGUCACCGAUUUGGGGGAGAUGUAUCCAUUCUAAGUCCCAGCUAGAUCACAUACAAGGGUGCAACUUUCUGGAUGAUCCUGUGUUAUCUCCACUUUCCUUCCCUGUAAAAUACUGACAAAAUAUUAUGGGCUGAAUCAUGUCCCCUCCAGUUCACAUGUUGAAGCUCCAACCCCCAGGGCCUCAGAAUGGGGCUAUAUUUGGAGAUGGGGUCUUUACAGAGGUGGUUCAGGUAAAAGGAAGUCACUAGGGUAGGCCCUGAUCCCAUCUGAUCCCAUGUGACUGGGGUCCUUAAUAGAAGAGGGGAUCAGGGCAUAGACACACAUAGGGGACAACCGUGUAAGGACACGGAGAAGAGAUGGUGUGUGGACGCCAGGGAGAGAGGCCUCAGGAGGAACCAGCCCUGCCCACACCUGGAUCUCAUGCUUCCAGUUCCCAGGACUGGGAAAAAAUAAAUGCGUUGUUUAAACCUCC